AUGUCUCUGCAUCCGUCGACAGCGCCGUCAAUGGCGGUAGGCGACUAUAUCAUCGGCCAUGAGAUUGGAAGGGGAUCAUUCGCGACGGUGUACAUGGGGAAGACGAUAGCAACUGGGCAUCCGGUCGCCGUGAAGUCCGUAUCACGGGAAAAGUUGAACAGAAAGCUUAUGGAGAAUCUUGAAAGUGAGAUCAAGAUUUUGAAGGGGAUCCAGCAUGAGCAUGUAGUGGCACUGCUUGACAUCAUGAAAACUGACAAGCACAUCCACUUGAUAAUGGAGUACUGCUCGCUGGGAGAUUUGUCAAACUACAUAAAGAAGCGCGGGUUGGUGGGAGGACUUCAAGUCGAGGCUGGACAGUGGAAUCCAAUGUCCAGCGUUUGGGGAGGUCUAAACGAUAUCAUCGUGAGGGACUUCCUGAAGCAACUGGCCUCGGCGAUGGAGUUUCUGAGAGCACAUGAUUUAAUACAUAGAGAUUUGAAACCUCAGAACGUACUAUUAUGCCCCGGUCCAUUCGACGCACCUGGGUUGCAAAUACCGUCCUUUGUACAGCCCGGGACUUCAGUCAUGCUACCUCCCUUACCGGUACUAAAGCUCGCCGAUUUCGGAUUCGCCCGCGCAUUGCCUGCCCAUUCAUUGGCGUCGACGUUGUGCGGAUCUCCUCUGUACAUGGCCCCUGAAAUUCUACGCGGAGACAAAUAUGGACCGUCGGCCGACUUAUGGUCUUUCGGGGCUAUCUUAUACGAGAUGAUCUGCGGCCGACCACCUUUCAAAGCGCAAAACCACAUUGAUCUAUUGCGGAAGAUAGAUCGCGGGGAAGGCUACAUCAGAUUCCCUGGUGAAGGCGCAAUCGCCGCGCCUGCACAUCGCAACAGCCUUUCUUCGUCGCCAAGUUCUCGUCUCGGAUACAGCCCAAGUUCUAGUCCCCGCUUCCUUGCACCCAGCGGUGCCCAGGCUCUAGGAGACGAUCUGAAAGAUUUGGUCAGGAAGCUCUUGAAGCGAGUGCCGGCGGAGCGGAUGUCUUUUGAGGCUUUCUUCUCUCACCCCUGUGUGAUCAGCAAUCGAUCGCUGGCUUCUGCAUCAGGUCCGUCGUCCUAUGACGAUGGUUUCUCAUUACGGAGAAAAUCGUCUUCUGGAUCACAUCGGUCGAUACGCGGAGGAACACCGCCAUGGAACGAUUCUCCUUCCGGGGCGACAUCAGAUGCACAUGCAGACACCCGGCACCCCGCCGCCAUUUCUGAAGGGUUCGGACAGGCAUUCGGGCAGCCAGAUCGAGUAGAUACACAUGCCAACAAGUUCGUUCCUGUGGCACUUCAACGCGUCCACACAUCUCCAGCCCGCCCGGAGUUCAAGCGAGGAGAGACUCUGAUAUUGGGUAUGCCACAUGACACCGCCCAGCAGCAGAGGGCCAUGGCGUCCGAAAGCAAGUCGUCUUCACAUCACCAUAAGACAUCCUACGGUGGUCCCUCCUUUGCCCCAAUGUUGCCAAGACAUUUUGGGGGCCCGGUGGAAAUGACGAGACAAGUGUCCGCGCCACCAUUGCACCCCAUCAAAGGCAGUAUCGGAGAUUCAUCGAAUUCGGGAAGUACGGCGCACAUCCAUGCCAGCAUAAUACCCCCCUUUUCGACCGGCGGGAGUGUUCCUGCGCAGACAACAUCGAGUACACAACAUCAGGCUCAUCAUAUCAAUGUUGAAGCGCCAUUUCCAGAAUACGGGCAAGUAGAUCCGGCCAUAUUUGGCGCCUCGGUCAAACCUUCUUCGAACGUCGAGCCGGAGCACCUUGCGGUAUCAACACCCGACGAGCCACUGGAAGGCUCGAGAGGAGAGGAAAACAACUCGUCUCUUUCUUCCCUUGGAAGUUUGGAACUGAGUGAAGUCGACGAGCAUGAUGUUUAUGAUGAUAAUGGAGACGCCGGCGGGCCGAAAGAGCAGAAUGCGAGUGGCUCCAAAUCAUCAACGACUGGCAGCACCGGCACGAAUAACGGCAAGGCGAGCAUAGAGGAGUACGUCGUAGUGGAGAAACGGGUUGUUGAAGUUAACUGGUUGGCCGAUGAAGUAGCUGGGGCUUUUCGCGGUACGGAAGGACAAGGAUCAACCGCGACUUUUCCCGCCGCCGCCCACGCUCCUGUGCACUAUGCCGCUUCCGAGGCCGUUCUCUCCCGCGCCUCGGAUCUGCAGCCAACUCCGUCAACAGAUGUCCCAAGCCUGGGCUUGACACCUCCUACUCCUCUAGGGCAGUCACCUCGUAGCCUGCGUAUAUCUCCCAAACAACAAUCCCGCAUUUUCGGCUCCCUGCGCGAAUCGACCCACCAGUUCCUCAACAGUCCCGGGCCCAGCAGCGGACAUCCCACAAGUUCGCCUCUACCGACCACUACUCCACCCCAAGCAUAUACCGCCGCGGCCUCUUCCGCCGGAUCACCAGGACGGAACGUCGCAGGCGGUUUCCUGUCCAGCCCACGAUCAGCCGCCGACUCGGAUCAGCAUUCCCUCCUCACACCAUUGAAUCUCUGCGCUCUUCGCGGACACGCUGUCCAGCAGCUCGCAGACUCGCUCGCGCCGACUGCACCAUCUGAAGCCCUCGGUUGCUACCUCCUCGCCCUGCGAUGCUACCAAACGGGGAUCGAAGUCGCCAAAGGGAUAUGGGAGGGCCUGCGCUCUGCUAGAUCGUCCUCGCGCGGCUUGUCCAUGUCUACGGCGACAAUGGUAGGGAUGAUCAGCGCCAGUGUAGCAGGUGGAGGUUACUCGUCGCCGUCUUCUGCUAGCGCCGUCGACUUGAAGGUUUUGAGCGUGGGAGUGCAGUGGGUGCGUGAGCGGUUUAAUGAGUGCUUGGACCGCGCUGAACGAUGUGGCGUCGACGCGGACGAUACCUCGGGACGACGUGUGGAGAUGGUGGUGUAUGAGGGAGCUUUGGAAGUGUCCCGACAAGCAGCCCUUCUCGAACUCUCCAGCAACCCACCCCCAUCUCAAUGCGAGGACAUGUACCGCCACGCCAUCCUCCUCAUCGAAGCUCUUCUAAGCGUCGAAGACUACUCGGACACUGACAGCGCCGGCACAUCAUCGAAUCCUACCCAUCUCCCACCAUCCAUCUCUUCGUCUGGCUCCUCCGCCAGCGCACGACCGACAGGAAUAGGUACCUCCUCCCAUCACACCCCCACCAUGACGGACGACGAUCGCCGGGUAUUGGAGCGCUUUGUCGCCAGCUUGUGGGCUCGGGUCGGAUCCGUCGCGCAUCCCACAUCCCCCACAGCUGCCAAGUAA